UAAGAUGCAAAGAAAAGAAAGAAAAUGGAGAGAGAGAGAGUGCGAGAGAAUCGAAAUCGAAGAGGAAAUGGGAUCGGGAAAACACACGGCAGAGUUCUUCAGAAGAAGGGAUGCGUGGAGGAAGCAUCCCAUGCUCACCAAUCAGUUCCGGCACGCCACCCCUGGCCUUGGCAUCGCCCUCGUCGCAUUUGGCUUCUAUCUCGUCGGCGAACAAGUCUACGAUCGCCUCAAUGCUGAUUCUCAUGCUCACGUGAAAGCCGAGAACCACCACUAAUCUCAACAAUUGGAUUCCAUCGUCGCUUUCCCUCUUUCAUAAUAAGCUUUGUCUUCAUCCAUAUUCUCGCAGCCUUUAUAAAUUUCAGACUAUGUUGCCUUCUUUGCAUCGUUGACAUUGCAAUAUACUUUCUUUUUUUCUAUCGCAUUCCUGCUUUUGCCUGUCACCGCCUUUUUCAGCAGACAUCAAAUUCAUUCCUUUGCGUCUCAACCAUCCCUUAAUUUGUUAUAUUCGUAUUUUCAGCAACAUCUGGUAACUGUGAGUCGAUUUACUCACUGACUUAUUAGGAAAUAAAAUUGAUCAGUUGUUUUGGGAUUGAAUUUGCCUUCAGUAAUGUCCAGGACUGGAUUGAUGCCAAUUUUAGGGACCAAAAUCGAGGUUUCAGACAAGAUAUGUGAAUUUCCCUCUUGCGAGUUUGGAAGAAAACUGAACUGUAGGAGUAGUGUCUUCUUUUUGUUUUGGGUAAUUGAAUUGGACUUCGUCGUUGGAGUAGUAUCUUGGUUCGGGUUAUUGAAUUGGUUGCUUAACUCUAGCCUCCUGUGUUUCGAAAACAAAAAAGCAUUUAUAACAGAAGUGAAAUGUCAGUAACACACUUUAUUAUUAGGUUAUUUCAAAUAAGUAGGAGGAUCGGGAAUGGCAUAAAUUGUAGUAUGAAUAUGAGAACGUUGAUUCCUGUACUUCACCCAUCUCAAUCUGCAUCUUCUAAUAGACAUUUUUGUCCUUUAUUUGUUAAAGUAUGAAAAAGUUUAAUGAUGAUCCAACCACCAACAAUUUUUAACCCUGUUCUAUAAACCCCUUGCAUGCACUUCCAUUCCAUUUCUCUACUAUUUCAUUUUUUAGUUCUUUCAUUGAGUUUUUUUUUAGAGGUUGUAUUCUGAAAGUGGUGAUACAACGGUGGUGAUUGUAAUCGAUUGUGGUGGUCGUGCUGUGUGGUGUGGUUCUUGAAGGAGAAAAGUGUUGAAACAGAUUUGCAGAUUCAAAAGGCAUCAACGAGGUUAGUAGAUAUAAUGUAAGCACUCUUACCUGUUGGAACUUCGGUUAAGGAUGUACCAACUUCGGUUAAGGAUGUACCGGCAUUCAGACGCCGGCUGUUAUGUUCGUAUGUGUUAAUCAUAUUGUUUUUUGAAU